GCCCAUUUCCAAAACAAGCGCCCACCCUGCCCCGGGAAGACGUGAUGACGCCACGACGUUACGUCGUCUCGUCGCCUCUGUGUUUAUUAUGCAGGAGCUGCUAACUAGCAUUGAGCCUCGUCUCCAAACAUGCACUGAUUUGACAGCUGGCAGGUUUGGGGGACAGAGAUGGCAGUGUGUGCACUGACCAUGUUGGAUGGGAUGGAGGGCGAGGUAACGGCAGCAGGUGGAGUGUUGCUCCUGGCCCUGGCCCUCAUCUUAGCUUGGCUCUCAACCCAUGUGGCUGACCGGGGAGACCAUAUACUGGGCACCAUCCUCACUGUGGGCGCUCACGCCUCUCUGAUCGGACUGGGAGGCCAUGACAGUUACAGCGGAGGGUCUCCCAGCGCCGACACCCCUGAACAGCAGACUCCUCCACCUUCACAGGAGAACAAGCCGGACGACGGCGAGUCGGGGACUGAGAGAGGAGAGGGUGAAGGGACAGGGGAGGGAGCUGAGGGGGUUAGGACAGAUCUCCUGCUGGACAUACAGAGCAAACAACCACAGGCUGGAAGACUGCAUACUUCAGAUGAGGAGGAUGAUGAAGUUGAUGACGACGACGACGACGAUGAGGAGGAGGAGGAUGAUGAUGAGGAGGAGGAGCUGGAGGAGGAAGAUAAAAAAAUUAUAAAGCAUCUCCCAGUGUUGCCCGGGACCACCCCCCCCACCACCACCACCACCACGUACAUCUCUGUCCGUCUGAAGUAUUUAAAUGACACGGAGGAAGUGGCUGUUGUAGAACCAGAGGAUACAGUGGGAGUACUGAAAAGUAAAUACUUCUCAGGUCGUGAGCAUCAAAUAAAACUUAUCUACCAAGGCCAGUUGCUGCAGGAUCCCAAGAGGACUCUGUUAUCCCUGAACAUCACACACAACAGCGUGAUCCACUGCCACAUCUCCCAGGCUCUGCACGAGGCUACUCCAGAGGAAGGGGCUCAGUCUGGGGCCGGAGCAGGAGUCGGGCCUGGGGUCUCUGGGGGAUUCAGGGCUGCUGGUGUGGCCAUCAGCACCAGCAGCCUGGUGGUGCCUGUGUUUGUGGUGAUACUGGCUGUGGUGUGGUACUUCCGCAUCAACUACAGGCAGUUUUUCACCGCCCCUGCGACCAUCUCCCUCGUGGGAGUCACUGUGUUCUUCAGCUUUCUGAUAUUUGGGAUGCACAGCCGCUGAAAAGGCAGAGAGAGGGCACGCGCUUACAGCUGAAUGUUGUAUGGUAAAAUAAAAAUAACUACAGCAGUGGGUGGCGAGAAACGGACUAAUCAAAAAGGGGGCACGGUCCAGAUGCCACAGCUGACUGGAUUCCAGCAGUGUGUGUGGGUGGCUAGGUGGGCGUGUUUGUGCAUGUACCAAGAUAAAAAGAUGAGUGAUUGUACAGUAUAUGUGGGGUAAAUAAUAACCUGCAGCUGAAACAUACUUUAGCUUCUCUUCAAACAUGACUUAGUGGCUCACUCCAUGCUUUAACACUCUGGCUUUAUCUUGUCUGCCCUUUCACUGUUGCUAAAGAUUCAUGAUGCUUUCCUGUACGUCGUUGUUUUUCAGGCCACUGUUUCUGUGUUCAGAAAAUUUAAAAUUAACUGAUAGAUAUAAGAAUCUAAAAUCUUUGGAACCACUCACUGCUGUGUGUGCCAGUUUAACUCUUUACCAUUAUUUUAUGUUAUUUGAAUGAUUCAAAGUCUGUGUGAGCAAAUGUGGACUGUACAGCUGCCUCCGUGAUGGGCUGUAAACCUCAGUUAUUUUUGUUGCUCCAAAACUGUUGCUAUGUAGAAAUAGGCUACUUUAAAUAAUCACUAGACUUCAAAAUACACACUUUUUGAGAAGUUAUUGUAAAUAUAUUGUGUAUUUUCUGUAAAUAAAAUGAUAGAAUGAAUCAAAUGAACCUGCAUCUGGCACUUAAGGAUUUGGAGCUUGAACCCUCCUGAUUAUGCUGGACUGCUUUGGCUUCAGUGAUGUCUCAAAAUAAAGCAUUUCAAACCAAA